AUGAGCGCUAAUUCGGCUGCAGACUACCAGACGAUAAUUGGGCAAUUCAAUGCCACCGACGACGCGACGACGCUGGGACAUUGCCUGCAUCACCUUCUUCAGCACGCAGCGGACAGCCACUUAGACAAGACUGCCUUGAUUUGUGCCGACACGGAAUUGACCUAUGGAGGGCUCAAUGCGCUCGCGAAUCGGUUUGCCCGCGUCUUGGUGGAGCGAGGCAUUGGGCGUGGCGACUUCGUCGGCAUUGCUCUGGAGCGCUCGGUCGACCUCGUCGUAGUGCUGCUGGCCGUGUUGAAGACAGGUGCUGCGUAUGUACCCAUCGACCCGGCUUUUCCUGCAGAUCGUAUUAGCUACAUGAUAGACGAUGCUAGACCGAAGCUCAUCGUUGUUGGAGCCAGCACACAAGACGCGUUGUCAUCCUGGGGAGGCGCGCGCCUAAGCAUAGACGAGGCACGUGACAACAUGGCGAACUCGGACGCUGAGAAAAGCAACCUUGAAGUGGAUGUGCGGGCAGACGAUCUCGCAUACGUAAUAUACACGUCCGGCUCGACUGGUAAGCCCAAGGGUGUGGAGAUCAGCCACGGGGCCUUGUCUAACCUGCUGUGCUCGAUGCAGCGGGAGCCAGGAUGCAGCGGGACGGACCGGCUGCUCGCUGUAACGACUAUCUCUUUCGACAUCGCGGCCUUGGAGCUGUUCUUGCCGCUGCUCUGUGGUGCAAUAACGGUCGUAGCCCAGGCACACGAGGUCAAGGACCCAGGCGCUGUGCUCGGGCUGAUUCAGCGGCACGGCAUUACCAUGAUGCAGGGCACUCCCGCGACCUGGCAAAUGCUGUUGGACGCGGGCUGGCAAGGAGAACCCCAUCUCUCCAAGAUCCUGUGCGGCGGCGAUGCGCUGCCACGACUACUGGCUGAGCGGCUACUCCCCUGCGCAGGAUCAGUGUGGAACAUGUACGGUCCAACCGAAGCGACAGUGUGGGCGAGCGUCUGGCAGGUGCGCCAGGGUCAGGAUAUAGUCAUUGGCAGGCCGAUCGCCAACUACAGGCUGUAUGUGCUCGGUGAGGACCUUUCGCCGGUGCCACUCGGGUGUGACGGCGAGCUCUAUAUUGGCGGCGCUGGAUUGGCUAAGGGCUAUCACAACAAGCCCGAGAUGACUCGGUCGCGCUUUCUUGAUAACCCCUUCCAUGAGGGCCUCCUGUACUGCACGGGCGAUCUAGCCCGUUUCCAGUAUCCAGAGACGCUGAGCGUGCUAGGCCGCGCGGACGGGCAGGUCAAGGUCCGUGGCUACCGCAUCGAGUUAGGCGAUAUUGAGGCCGCUAUCACCAACCACAGCGACAUAUCAGAGGCGGUCGUGGUCAGCAGAGACGACAGGCUUGUCGCGUACUACAUGCGGGAUGCGAACGUGUCUACCCCCAGAGACGCCGGCGAGCCGACGCUCGACAACUCGCUGCGUCUAUUCCUGUCGGAGAGACUGCCGGCGUAUAUGAUGCCGGCCUUCUUUGUCGAGAUGGAGGCCUUCCCCUUGACACUCAAUAACAAGAUCGACCGCAAGGCCCUCCCAGAUCCGACGGAGUCGAUCCACCCUGGCACGGCCAGGCCAGUGACCGAGAUGGAGCGUAGUAUCCGGCUCAUCUGGUCGAGCGUACUGGGCCACGACCGCAUCGGCACCCACGACAACUUCUUCCAGAUCGGCGGCGACUCUGUACGCGUGGUCAAAGUGCAAAAGGAGCUGGAGAAGCUUCUUGGCUGGCCGCUGUCUGCAACGAAACUUUUUGAGCAUUACACUAUCAAGACACUGGCGGCAUACCUAGAGGGGGCGGAGGAGAUCAAUACGGAGCCCGUUCUUCCACGCCAUCGUGCGCAAGAUAAUGAAGACAUAGCCGUCAUCUCUAUGGCGUGUCGGCUCCCCGGCGGCGUCACCACCCCAGAGGAGUACUGGGAAGUGCUCGAGCGCGGUGCCGAUGUCAUCACCGACGUGCCGAAGGACCGCUGGGAUGCCGACGCCCUCUACGACGCCAACCCAGAGGCCGGCGGUAAGUCGUACUGCCGUCGGGGCGGGUUCCUCACCUCAGUCGAUGACUUCGACGCGUCCUUCUUCGGUAUAUCUCCAAGAGAGGCGCGCGCUAUGGACCCAGCGCAGCGCGUCAUGCUGGAGACAUGUUGGGAGGGAUUUGAGCGCGCGGGCUACACCGUCGAGCAACUGCGCGGAAGCCAGACUGGCGCCUACAUCGGCGUGUGCAGCACCUCGGCGCAUUCGUCCCCACAGGCGCUCACAGAUCUCGACGGGUACGCCGUGACGGGCGCCGCUGGGGGCACCAUGUCUGGCCGUGUGUCAUACGUGCUUGGCCUCGAGGGUCCGACUCUAACGGUCGACACCGCAUGCUCCUCGUCUCUGGUGACGACGCACCUGGCCUGCAAUGCGCUCCGCCAGGGUGAGUGCGACAUGGCCCUGUCCGGGGGCAUUACCCUCCUACUCAACCCAGCAAUGCACAUCGAGUUCAGCCGCCUCGGAGGUAUGUCCGCCGAUGGGCGAUGCCGCGCGUUUGCGGCAGACUCGCAGGGCACAGGCUGGGCCGAGGGCUGCACGGCUAUCGUGCUGAAGCGGCUGAGCGACGCCGUCCGUGAUGGUGAUGUGGUGCAUGCGGUAUUACGCGGGACAGCGGUUAACCACGUGGGAAGGAGCGCCGCCGGCCUGACGGUACCGAGCGGGCGAGCCCAGGAGCGGCUCAUCCGCACCGCGCUAGCGGCGUCGAGGUUGACGCCAGGAGAUAUCGACUACAUUGAAGCCCACGGCACGGGGACGACCUUGGGCGACCCGAUUGAGGGUGCGGCGCUGGCUGGGGUGUUUGCUGGAAGUCGGCCAGUUGAGGUGGCGCCGCUGUGGAUCGGCUCAGCCAAAUCGAACGUCGGGCACACACAGGCAGCAGCCGGCCUCGCAGGCAUGCUGAAAGUCAUAUUAGCGAUGCGCAAUAACAAACUUCCCCGGACUCUACAUGCCGAAAAUCCUACGCCGGCAGUGGACUGGCAGCGUGCUAAGAUGGCGCCCGUGCAUCAGUCCCAGCCCUGGGUGCCCAGAGUCGACCGGCCUCGACGGGCAGGCAUCAGUGCAUUCGGCAUCGGUGGGACCAACGCGCAUGCUAUAGUGGAGGAGCCUCCGCUACCGAAGGUGAAUUCUAGGCCGUUGUCAGUCCUUUUGCCGCCCAAGAUUCCAUUUCUUCUGUCAGGCCAUACCGAUGCAGCGCUAUGCCAGCAGGCUGAAAAGCUUCGACAGUACAUCAAGAGUACAAGCAAGGAUGGCCAAGAUCGUCUCAGUGAGGUGGCCGGCUCGCUAGCCACCACUCGCAGUCACUUCCAACGGCGACUAGUGUUAAUGGCCAAAGACAAGGCCGAGCUUCUGGAGACACUGGACUCGGUCUCAAGGGUAGUGCCUAUCAGAAAUCACGGCAAGGAGCCAUGCCUAGCCAUGCUUUUCACUGGUCAGGGCAGUCAAGUCUUGGGCAUGGGCAAGGACCUCUACGAAGUUUACCCCGCGUUCCGCGAAGCACUGGAUGAGAUCACGGCCAAGUUCACCCAGCUAGAGACGCCGCUAAUGGAGGUUAUGCACGCGACCCCUAGCAGUGACGCCGCCGCGCUGCUGAAGCGCACAGACUUCGCCCAGCCGGCUCUCUUCGCCUUGGAGGUAGCCUUGUGGUGUCUCUGGAAGAGCUGGGGUGUGCAGCCAGAUCUGGCUCUCGGCCACAGUGUGGGUGAGCUCGCUGCCGCACACGUUAGUGGCAUCUUGAAUCUAUCUGAUGCCUGUCGUCUCGUCGCAGCACGUGGCCGGCUGAUGCAGGCUGUUUCUCUCCAUGGCAGCAUGGUUUCGUUAGAAGCCAGCGCGGAAGAGGUGACAACGGCUAUCGAGAUACUUGGGCUCGUAAGCAAGGUCGACAUCGCUGGCCACAACACGCCAAUACAGACGGUGGCAUCUGGUGACACUGAUGCUAUCGAGAGAAUGGUGGCCUAUUUCGCCCGGCAGGACCGCAAAGUGAAGUUGCUCGACGUGUCGCAUGCAUUCCAUUCGCACCAUAUGGACGGCAUGUUGGCAGAGUUCCAAGCAGUGGCUCAGACGGUGCAAUUCCACCCACCACAGCUGCCCAUCAUCAGCAGCCUGACUGGCAAGUUGGCUGGAGCAGGCCAGCUCGAACGACCAGACUAUUGGGUCCUCCAGGUACGCAGGGCAGUUCGCUUUGCCGAUGGCAUCCAGACACUGCAUCAACAGGGCGUUGGCGUUUUCCUCGAGCUAGGCCCGCAGCCCGUGUUGUCCGCCAUGGGUGCGGCGUGCCUCGCCGGCGACGAUUCAAUUGCCUGGAUGCCGUCGCUCGUUCCUGGUAAGCACGGCGCGUCGGUGGUGCAGCGAAGCCUGGCAGAUCUACAUGUGCGGCAUGUGCCCGUUAGCUGGACCGGUUACUUUGAACCUUUCGGUUGCUGCCAACGUGUGGAGCUGCCGACGUAUGCCUUCCAGAGGGAGCACUUCCCACCCUUACGUGGGAGAGGCACUGAACUCCUCUAUACCAAUAUCGUCAAUGGCGCACCACAGCAUCCAGUUCAAACAAACGAAGAUCACGUGGACCCCCUGGAGCUUGAGAUCGGCUGGCAUCGGGUCGAUACCGGCAAUAUCGCCGUGAGCGGCUCAUGGGGCUUGCUGUGUCUCGCUGAGGACACAGGUCACGUGGCAACGACAUGGACAUUGGAGGUGAAGAUGGCCUUGGCGCAGGCUGGCAUUCAGCUGCGCCAGGUCAGGAAUAUCGAAGAUGCCGAAGAUCUGAAUGGCCUACUAUGCUUGUGGGACUCAUUAGAUGCAGAUGAUGUCCCAGGCCAGGCACGUGACUUUACCACAAGGGCCCUAGCGCAGUUGCAGAGGGCUGCCCAGGUGGAGUUUGCGCCGUCGCUUGUGUGGGUCACUCGACACGCAGUGGGUGCUGGCGACGACGACCGGGUCUCGGGUGUCGGUGCGGGACCCCUCUGGGGCCUUAUGCGCACUGCCCGCAACGAGCACCCAGAGCUGCGCCUGCGGUUGAUCGAUCUGGCUAAGGAGAAGGCUGCGUCCAACGCCCUCGCCCCGGCGUUGAUGCUAGACACCGAGCCAGAAUGUGCCGUGCGCCAGGGGGUAGUGCUUGUGCCGCGGAUGCAGCGCGUGGAAUCGGAACUGAAGCCGGUGACGGAGCGACUCCUUCGACGGGACGGUGCGGUGCUUAUCACAGGCGGUCUUCGCGGUCUCGGCCGACAAGUCGCCCUGUGGCUGGCAAGCGAACACGGCAUCUGCGACCUGGUGCUGACCUCGCGCCGCGGCAAAGAAACCCCCGGUGCGGAGGAAUUGGUGGUUGAACUUGGUAGGCUGGGCGCCAAAGCUACCAUGGUCGCCUGUGAUGUGGCCGACCUCAACAGGGUAAAGUCAGUCAUGGCAAUGUUCGACGCUAGACGGCCGCUGCGGGGUGUGGUCCAUGCCGCCGGCGCACAGGACAAUGGUGUCCUUACCGCCUUGACUCCUGAGCGAUGCGCUACGGCCCUUGUGCCAAAGGUGGAUGGCGCAUGGCAUCUGCACCAGCUAACACUGGAUAUGCGGGCGGACUUGGACCUCUUUGUCAUGUUCUCCUCCACCUUCGGCGUCAUGGGCAUGCCGGGCCACGCGAACUACGCUGCCGCCAAUACCUUCCUCGACGCGCUCGCGCACCUGCGUCGUUCGCAGCGCCUGCCAGGCACCUCGGUCGCAUACGGUGCCUGGGAGGGGGACGGCAUGGCUGCCAAAAUCACUGGGACAACCCUUGCCCACCUCGACCAACUCGGCCUCGACCCGCUCACCCCGAAAGAGGGCCUAGCGCUGUUCGAGAAGGCGGUACGCAGCGGCCGUGCACUCACUGUGGCCGCCGCAUUGGAUCCAGAACGGCUUGGGAACUACCUUGAGGAGCGAGGCGACAUACAGCCGUUGUUCCGCUCCCUGCUUGGCCAGGGUUGUGGGCGGGAACGGGUCGGGAGGCGGGAGCGGGAGAGGCCGGCCCUCCGAGGCUGGGACCUGCGCAAGGCAUUGAGCGACUCCGCCCCCGAAAAACACCUCAGCAUUGUGCUGGGCAUGGUCCGAGAAACGGUGGCCAAGGCCUUGGGCUUUGCGCUUCCGGAUGACGUAGAUGUCAACCAGCCGCUACAAGGCAUCGGAAUCGACUCGUUGACCGCGGUCCUGAUGCGCAACCAGCUGGUGAAACUGACCGGCCUCACUCUGACGGCCAGGUUCGCAUUCCAACAUCCUAACCUCCGGGCACUUAGCCAGUUCCUCCUCUCCGAGCUGCACAAAGACGAGCCGGAUCAUUCGUACGCCAGCAUCAUUCCUCCAACCACCCUGCCGGUAUCGGAGACGCCGUGGCUCAAUAUCGCUGCCGUCACAAGGGGCUGCCUGGACCCCAGCAUCACGUUCAACAACGCCGCACAGGCCAUAGCGCCUCCCAAGUCCGUCUUCGUCACGGGUGCUACAGGCUUCGUCGGCGCCUUUAUCGUGCAAGAACUACUUGAGCUAGGAAUCGCCGCCCAUUGCUUGGUGCGUGCCGACUCUGUCGAUCAGGCUCUCCAGCGUUUGUUGGCCAAGCUCGCCGGCUACGGCCUCUGGAGGUCUAACUACGCUCAGCUGCUCCAUCCGGUCGUUGGCGACUUGGCACAACCCCUUUUCGGCCUGUCCCAAGAAGCGUUUGACCAUUUGGCGGACCGCGUCGAUGCCAUCUGCCACUCGGGCGCACUCGUGGACUGGAUGCGCCCGCUGGUAGACUAUAUCGGCCCGAACAUCGUAAGUGCUCAAGAGGUCCUGCGCCUGGCCUCGAAAGGCCGUGGCAAGGCCGUGCAUCUUGUCUCCACCAUGUCCACCCUACCCAAAUACAUGGGCUACGAGGUGACGGAGGAGGAACCCGAAUAUGGCUACGCUACUUCGAAAUACAUGGCGGAGCGGAUGGUGGCAGCGGCACGAUGGCGCGGCGCCAAGGCAUCUGUGUACCGCUUGCCUUUCGUCACGGCCUCGUCCGCCACUGGCCACUUCCGGCUCGACCGUGGCGACUUCUUGCACAACCUCAUCGCCGGGAGCCUUGAAAUGGACGCCUUCCCGUCGUUAGACGCUGAUCUCUCGGCCGUGCUACCCAUCGACUACCUGUGCAAGACCAUUGUUGCCGUGAUGACGCGGGACCUGCAUCGAGUUGGCCAGGACUAUGACUUUGCGAAUCCGCAUGCACCGAGCUUCAACCACUUCUUCAAGCUGAUGAGUGCCGCCAGUGCUGGUCAGGAGAUCGUACCCUUUUCCACAUGGCGGGAACGGGCAUUAACCUAUGCUGCCGCCAACCUGAAAAGUCCACUGGCUCGCAUCGCCGCUGUGCUUGACGGUCUCACCGAUGGCCAAAGUGCGGCCGCCAUGGUUACAGGCUCAUCUAUCGGCGAACACGUUUUCGGCGGCGACGUCUAUCCCGUGCCAUUAAUAGACGAGCACUCUGCGCGAAAUUAUGUGCGCCGUAUCGACGCUGUGCGAGUGGAAAGAUCCACUUCUGGCGAAGUUGGAAUACCCGUUGUUGGAUGCUUAUAGAUUUAUUCACCUUUGGGUGGGUGAAUAGUCGAAUACACUCACUAUUUACUUUUUAGAUUAAUAGAUACGAGUAUAGAAAAGAGGCUACACUCGUUUAGAUAUCGAAGUAACAGCCUUCAUUUGACUUCCAUGUAGUAAUUAGUACUCGAUUACUCUGCAAUAUCACUAAGGUACUUUCUUG